AUGGAUGCCUACAAUAAUGAAAAAGCCUUUCAAUCACAAGCAACAUUUAAAAUGCUUCGACGACUUCAUGGACAUAAUUUGGAGAGCCAAGGAUUAAACAACCUUUCUGAAGCUUUCCAAAGCUUUGUAACUAGAGUAAAGUUUUUCAGUGUUGGCAGACUUCGGAGAACCUGGUCUUAUUCUGCACUUGAAUUUAUGAAAUAUAGACGCUUAUUGCCUAUGAUUGUUGGAGAUGAACAAGAUCCAGGCAGUGUUUUUGACGAAUUUAUGGACAUUGGAGUUGAUGGCCUUCCUUUUACUGCUCGACAAGUAGAAGCAAGUUUAGAGGAGAAAGGAAUUUGUGUCAGUAAUGUUUCUUCAAAAGUAACAAGAAAUCAAUUGCAAUCAUUCUUUUGCAAAUUUGGAAAGGUUCAAUCUUGUCGUAUACCUUCAUCAAAAGGAUCUAGUGUAUACGCAACAAUGCCAAAAAAGAAAUUACACGGAACCUGUUUAAUUACCUUCAAAAAUCCUCAAUCCGCAGUAAAAGCCAAACGAGCACUUCCAGAGGAAUUGUUAUUUUAUGGACAACAAAUGGUUGUAAUGCCGUAUAUUCCUUCAUCUGCUUCAUGGAGACGGACUGUCUCUUCUCCAAACGCAAAAAUGCUAGAUUCUGAAUUUAAUCAGGAAUCCUUUUCAGUUGGAAAACUUUCCCGUACAUCAUCUGGUAGUUCCUUAGCCUCAACUACAACUUGUUCCUCUGCGACUUUGGCUUCAACAGCUUCCUCUGCCACAAUUCCGAUUGAUGAACUUCCAGAUCGAGCUUUAACGCGUAUUCUCUUUUUUGUCGGCCCAUUAGAUCGUAUUCGAUUGGAACGUGUCAGUAAACAUUGGCUAGAGCUUUCAACAAAAGCUUGGGCACAAAGUCGUUCUCUUCAUUUUUCUGAAGAGCCAGAAUUACUGCGACAUUUUAACAAAUCUUUUCCCAUGUGUCAUGUUCAUUUAAAAGCAAUUCUUCGUCGUUCUGGCCCACAUAUUCGUUCAUUAAGUCUUGCUGAUAUAAAUCAAUUAUUUGAUGAGAAUUCUGUACUUGAAGUUGGAGCUCUCUGUCCUGAAUUAACAAAUCUCAAUCUUUCAAGUAUUACAGCUUCACCUGAAACGUUAAGAGUUUUAUCAGAAUCAUUUCCAAAGCUAACAAAAAUUGCUUAUUGUGGAAUGACUCAAACAAAUGAAAAGGCCUUUUUAUUUCUACUUAAAUCUAUGGCCAGUAGACUUCGUUCUGUUGAUUUUCGUGGGUGUACAAGGUUAAAAGGAAGCUUUUUUACUCUCUUUGGGACUGCUCUUGAGGAGGUUCUCUUGGACGGAUGCAUUUUUUUGGACAAUCAUGUAAUUGAAGAUUUAAGUGUUCGCUGCAAUUGUAUUCACACUUUUAAACUUGAUGGAUGCAGAAAAUUAAACGAUGAAAGUUUAAGUUUAAUUUCACGCAAUUUUAACGGACUUACAACUCUAACAUUGUGUGGUGUAUUUCCCCUUUUCACAAAUAAAGGUCUCAAACAAAUUUCAAGAAUUAGUUCUCUUCAAACUUUAAGUUUGGAUUAUAACCCUCUAGUUGAUGAUAAUUUACUUUCUUCUGUUUCUGAUAAUCUCCAAAAUCUUCGAAAAUUUACACUUUCAUUUGCUGGGACAGAUUGUCAAAUAACAACUAAUGGAUUGUGUUUAUUAGCAAAAUUAAAAAAAUUGGAAGAAUUAGAUCUGAGCGGUUUAGCAGCUUUAAACGUUCAAGUAUUAAAAUCAAUUUGCAUUGAUGGAUGUUUGGAAUUACGAACAAUUUUUUUGAGGAAUUGUAGUUAUUUGGGUGAUGAUGGUAUUGCUGAACUUGGAAAUUUAACAAAAUUAGAGAAUGUAGAUUUAAGUGGAUGUAUUUUGGUAUCAAAUGAGUCAAUAUUGAAGCUUUGUGGUCUGUUUAAAAAUGAGUCAAAUCCUCAUGCCUAUCCAGUGAAAAUUAUCAUUGGUGGAACAAUUUGUGAACCACACAAAAUUCGCCGUCCAAACGGCUCUCGUGUUAUUCUAGAUCAAGCUGACAAUAGUUCAUUGAACCUCAAUUAUUUGUCCUCCUUUGUUGAUGAGAAUGAACUUUUUAAUGGAGAUGAAGAUGAUGAAUUUAGAAUUCUUUCAGCGCACAGAGAUUUUAUUUCUAAUGCAUUACAAACUGAGGAAGAUGAUUCUCCAUUGGGUGAUGAUCCGAAGAAAAUUUUAGCAUGGGUAGAAAGGGAGGCUACUGAACUUGGACUUUUUAAUAAAGAAUAG